CGUGCUCACUGUCGAUUACGCCGUCCUCCUCAUCCAUGGCUGGUCUUGUGUCCCCACGUCCUGUCUCUUACAACAGCUACAACCCGUAUGCCCGUAACGUUCCCCCUUCCUAUCCCGAAUCUCCCGCCAGUGUAGGCCGCAUGGCCAUCCACACACCUGGCCAGAGCAUCGGGGGCUACCCUGGGACUUCCCCGGCAAUUCCGACCGUGGCACAUGAAGAGCAGAAAGUCUACGGUCUUGUCAUUGACCUGCUGAACCCGGAGAAGCGCGAGAGCGCAUUGUUGGAGCUGAGCAAGAAAAGAGAACAGUACGACGACCUUGCCCUGGUUCUCUGGCAUUCCUUUGGUAUCAUGCCAGCUCUACUACAGGAGAUUGUCUCCGUCUAUCCUCUACUGUCGCCACCGAACCUUACCGCGCACGCCUCUAACCGUGUCUGCAACGCGCUUGCGCUUCUACAAUGCGUAGCGUCUCACCCCGAGACCCGCCAACUCUUCUUGAACGCUCAUAUACCCCUCUUCUUAUACCCUUUUCUUAAUACUACGUCGAAGACUCGACCAUUUGAAUACCUUCGUCUGACCUCCUUGGGCGUAAUCGGGGCCUUGGUUAAGCAAAAUGACAACACUUCCGUCAUCCAUUUCCUGCUCUCGACGGAGAUAAUACCGCUCUGCCUGCGCAUCAUGGAAACCGGCUCUGAAUUAUCAAAGACUGUCGCUAUCUUCAUUGUACAGAAGAUCCUACUAGAUGAAACCGGCUUGACAUAUAUCUGCCACACCUACGAGCGGUUCUACGCUGUCGGUACCGUGCUGAGCAACAUGGUUAACCAACUUGUGGAGACGCAGGCUGUCCGCCUUCUCAAACACGUUGUGCGCUGCUACCUGCGACUCAGUGACAAUCUGAGGGCACGUGAGGCUCUCAGGGCUUGUCUCCCAGAACCUCUGCGUGACAAUACCUUUGCCUCGCUGCUCAAGGGCGACAUGGUCACGAAACGUUGCCUCACAACGCUACUGAACAAUCUCAAUGAAUAGAGACGAUGCACUCAUAAAUAUUACUUUUGUCGUCAAGUCGGACUUGGCAAACAUCUGGAGAUUUUGUCAUUAUAUCCUGUAAUCCUUGUCUUGUGCUCUGUUGCUUAGUUUAUGCCUUCUAAUCCUUCCUGUACUAUUGCAAAUCACUACAAAGAUAGAAAUGUAGCUUCACAUUGGCCAGUAUACAAAGGAUAUUAGCUUGGAGGUGUAGAAGCUACAUCAAUAAAAUUAGGGAUCUUAUUGCUAGUUUUAUUGAAAAUAUUUAAACUUG